CACGUGACAUUACGAGGACCAAUGAAUAUGGAGAGUGGUUACUUUGACCUCUGAACCAACGUCUUGGUCCGCAAAGUAAAAAUGGCUGAAGUAGAUUUCGGGGAUACUGAGCUCUUUCAGCAGCUAGAUGACUCCGCACCACCGGUACCGACGCAUAUUCGCUUCACAGAGAAUGAAGAAGACCAGGAGGAGAUGGGCCUGCUCCAGAGCCGGCUGGAGGAGUGUGACGACUACAUCCAGAGACUAACCGAAGAGAAUAAAGGUUUGAGAAGAAAACUAAACAUCCUGACACGACCAAGCGGCAUCACGGUUGAAGAUGUCAACAUCGACGGGCCAGUUCUUCAAAUCCUUUAUGCCAACAACUUUAUAUCAAAGCAGUGUCGUCAAGAAAUUGAAGAUUGCAUCUGCAAUGUGAUUUUGAAGCACCAGAAACCGAGCAAUCAAAAGAAAAAUCCCUCCUUCCACCUGAAACCUCAGAAUGCAGCUUUUGCUAUGGAUGAAGAUCCGGAGAAGUUGGCUUCCAGUAGUGUAAGAACAACAACGGAAGCCUUUAAAGUUGUUGGCAGUGUCUUGUAUUUCACUUCUUUCAGUGUUGAUAAACUUGGACAACCUCUAAUGAAUGAAAACCCCCAGCUGACAGAUGGAUGGGAAGUUCCAGCCUAUCACCAGGUUUUCAACCAAGUCAUCGGCACAGAUGGACAGGAGAUAGAAAUGAAAGACAAAAGACCCAAAUCCAUGUGUUUCAACUGUGGCUCGGGCAGCCAUCAACUGAGAGACUGCCCCAAGCCUAAAGACAUGGCUGCCAUUAAUGAGAGAAGAAAGGAGUUUAAUCAGAACAGCAACCAGGCCAUGCAGAGUAACCAGCGAUACCAUGCUGAUGAAGUGGAGGAGCGAUUCUCCAAAUACAAGCCAGGAAUCAUGAGUGAGGAGCUGUUGUCAGCACUGGGAAUUGACGGCACCACCCUCCCUCCUCUGAUAUAUCGCAUGAGGCAGCUCGGAUACCCGCCAGGUUGGCUCAAAGAGGCAGAGAUGGAAAACUCUGGCUUAACACUGUAUGAUGGAAACGUGUCAAAGGAAGGCGAAAACACCAAUACGCAAAACAUCUCUUAUGAUGUUUCCAAACUGGUAGAUUUCCCAGGCUUCAAUGUACCAGUGCCAAACAAAAUGAAAGAUGAAUUUAUGCAGUUUGGAUCUAUUCCAAUGCAGAGCAACCACAUGAAGCAGAACUACGCAGCCUACCUGUCCAACAACUUUGCUGCGCCCGGUGCCGCCAGCAACAAGAGACGGCAUGAAUCUGACUCAUCUCCACAGCUAAGGAAGAAGACGAGGUCCAGUCCUGAUCGGAGCUCAGACAGGAGCUCAGAUAUGGAUAUUGAAUCAGAUCCAGGAACACCUUAUCAUAUUCAAGGCACAGGUGACUUCCAGUUCCAACCACCGCUGCCCCCUGGCUCUCCUUGCUUCAGUUCACCUCCUCCUUUACCCCAUGGCACUCCUCCCGCUACUCCCACUCCCCCACCUCUCCCUAAAGGCACUCCUCCUCCCACGCCCACCAAUGGCUCUCCAGCUCUGCGAGGGCAGAACUGGGUAGUGGUUGAUGAGACUGUGGAGGGAACGGAGGAUGAACUGACUCUAGAGGAACUGGAGGAGCAGCAGAGGCUGAUCUGGGCAGCUCUUGAAAAUGCAGACACAGCUACCAAUAGUGACUGUGAGACACCUGCGAUGGGAACACCUGUACCCAGUUCAUCAAGUGUUUCCACACCUGUGCACGUCGACACAGAAACGGAAGAGGUUGAAGAAGCAAUGGACACGACAAGACCUGCGGAAACCUGCAGUAGCGGUGAAAAUCAGAGGGAACCUGGAGUUCAGGAGGUUUGUUCUCAAAGCCCUGGACCUGUCAAAGCUGAGGAGGACAGCCCUCAGAGCCCUGAACCGGUCAAAGCCCAAGACGACAGCCCUCAGAGUCCUGGUCCAGUCAAAUCCCAGGAUGACAGCCCACAGAGUCCCGGUCCAGUCAAAUCCCAGGAUGACAGCCCACAGAGUCCCGGUCCAGUCAAAUCCCAGGAUGACAGCCCACAGAGUCCUGGUCCAGUCAAAUCCCAGGAUGACAGCCCACAGAGCCCUGAGCCAAUCAAAUGCCAGGAAGACAACCCACAGAGCCCUGAGCCAGAUUUCUCUGCUGGAGGGGCUGGAGAUUGUGCUUCUCCUAAGCAUGUCGAUAAGAUAACAGCUGUUCCUCAUCGGAGCAAGUUUGCAGCUGGCAUUGUUCCUUUUGAAGAUACACCAGAAUAUACUGAAGUUGCUGAGGCCACAGGGACAUACCUUAAGAUCAGAGACUUACUCAAGUGUUCACCUCGAAAUUUAUCCAAGAAAAAAUAAGUUUACUUUUGUGAAUUGUAACACAAAGAUACAUUGACAUUUUUUAAGCCAAAAUUUCUAUUUUCAUUUUCAUGACCAUCUUAUCGAGCAUGUUUUUUUUUUUUUUUUAGUCCAUUAUUUUGUACCGAGUUGAAUGUCUAUGCUGUAUAUACAUUUGAUCUGUAAACAUACAACUAGGCAAGGGAAGUGAGGGAAGCUGCAACAGCAAUGGUUUGUAGGGUUUGAGUCAUUAGUCUCAGAUUUUUGUAGCAGUGAUGCUUUUUAUUGUAAAAAUUGUUAAUUGGUCAUUUCCUGACCUGCGUUCAUUUUCAUAUCAUGGUGUUUUAAAUGGAUUUUUUUUCUAUUUUUGUCCCACUUGAAUUGCUCCGACAUCCUUAAGUAAACAUGCUUGUAUUUGC